AUGAUUCCUCAUAGGAGCACGGGGCUGUUGGCUAUCAUUGUCUUUGUCGCGCUCCUCCUUUUUAUCUUCUCGGCCUCUCCCAUCCCUGAGCCGACACUCGAAACGGAAGAGGGUGAAGAACCCACGAAGUAUCAUGUCCCGUUACCGAAACUCCCGUCGCUGAGCAACUUCCACCUACCGUCUUUCCGUCCUCCAUCGCACGAACCCCCGGCCGAGCAAACAAACAGUACGAGCGGCGAGUCGAAAUGGUUCAGCACCUGGGAAUGGAAGAAUCCCUUCUCGUCGGCCAUUACCCUGGAUGAGAAUCGCUCCGUCCUUCCUCCGCUGCAGGAACGCCGUCGCAUCUACACCUAUUACAACCCUAAAUAUAACCCGAAGAAGCACAGUGGCAAGGACUUGAAGGACGACCACAAUGCUGAUGAUCAACUUCUGCUCGCCUGGCGACGAGCCUGGUUCGCACAGGGAUUCCGGCCUGUGAUCCUUACCCCCGGUGACGCUAUGAAGAACCCAUACUACGAGGUCGUACAGAAGCUGAAACUCAAUGCGGAUUUGGAAAACGAGGUGUUCCGUUGGUUGGCUUGGGGCCACAUGGGAGCUGGAAUUCUGGCCGACUUCGAAUGCUUCCCCAUGGCUCGAUACGACGAUAAUCUGUUGACGGCUUUGCGACGGGGAAUGACGCCCGAGUUCAUCACACGUUUUGAUAACUUCCAAGGUGGACUCUAUUCUGCUGAGAAGCAGCGAAUUGACCAGGCCAUUGAAGGUGCCGUUAAGAAGCUGGACGAGAAAUCUACUUCCUUCUCGGAUCUGAUCGACCCAGCGUUGUUCAAGGUGGAGCAGCCAACUGCCCUGGCAUACUAUAAAUCCUCUAGCAUCACCUCGCACUAUCCGACCGUCCAUGAGAAGAUUGGCCAAAGCCCCGCAGCGGGCCGACUACAGCUUGUGGAACUCAUCAAUGGGCAUCUCCACAACACUUUCCAGAACGCCUUCCCAGCCGGCCUGGCUGUGUUGAAGCCCUUCCCUCAACAUACCACCGCGCUGGUGGAACCGGCCCUACGCUUGGCCAAGGCUCUCAUCCAAUGCCCGGAGUCUCCGAUGCCAAACUCUUGCCCUCCCAACAUUCCCGAAUGCCGCCCCUGCGGCUCCGCUAAGUCGCCCAUGCGGAUCAGUCAGCCAGCAAGCUUCAAAAACACCACCUUCUUGUUCACCAUCGGUACUCUGCCUCACCCGUAUACCCUGAUCAGUCUGCAGAAGAGCUCCGAUCAAGUGGAUACGCGCCAGAUCCGUCGUGAGACUGAGCGUGAUACUUGGUUGACCGAGGUUACCAAGGAACACCUGGGAGACGAGCUGGGCGGCUCCUCCCGGGGCACAGUAUUCAAACAGGUUGUCGCUGGUGACCAGGCCGUUGCCAACUCCCUGUGGAUGACCGUCGAGUCACUUCCUGCAGAGGCUGGACAAAGUCUUCCAGCCGAGCUUCUGGAUGAGUUCGAGUGGCAAUUGGGAUUCAAGAUCCCCCGUAGUGGUGCGAUCGACCCGAAUACGGCCGGUGACAAGGAGAGCGUGCAGAACAAGAACCCUAGCCAGCAGGGCGUAGGCAAAGAGUAUGAAUUGAUUAGAAAGGCCCGUGAGGUGAUCAACAACAAGAACGUCGAGGGGGUCAACAUGAAGGAUGUCGCCGAAGCCUGGAAUCUGGCGGACACCGAAGUGUGGCGAUUCGUAAAAGCGUAUCGGGCUCGAAGUGUCGUUGAGCGCAAGCAGUGGGAGGAAGAGGAGAAGGCCUUUUCUAGCUCCUCUCAAUAG